AACCGACAUUGGGGCCAGGACAACUCAGAGGAACCAUGGGGUUAUUCAGAAGUUUUCUCUUCCUCUUAGUCCUAUCCCUGCUGCAGGAGUCCAAUGCUUCCCUGGUUCAGCUGAAUAACAAUGGCUAUGAAGGAGUUAUCAUUGCUAUAGACCCUGCUGUGCCAGAAGAUGAAAAAAUAAUUGAACAGAUAAAGGACAUGGUGACUACAGCAUCUACUUACCUCUUUGAAGCCACAGAAAAAAGAUUCUUUUUCAAAAAUGUAUCAAUAUUAAUUCCUGAGAAUUGGAAGGAAAACUCUGAAUACAAGAGGCCAAAACAUGAAAGCUAUGAACACGCUGAUGUUUUAGUUGCACCACCUACCCUCCCAGGUAGAGAUGACCCAUACACCAAGCAGUUCACAGCCUGUGAAGAAAAAGGAGAAUAUAUUCAUUUCACCCCCGACUUUGUACUUGGAAAAAAACAAAGUGAAUAUGGACCAUCAGGUAAAUUGUUUGUCCACGAGUGGGCCCAUCUCCGCUGGGGAGUGUUUGACGAGUACAAUGAAGAUGAGCCUUACUACAGUGCUAAGUCAAAAAAAAUUGAAGCAACAAGAUGUUCCACAGGUAUUACUGGUAUAAAUAGGGUUUAUAAGUGUCAAGGAAACAGCUGUACUGCCAGAGGAUGCAGAAUUGAUUCUAAGACAAAACUGUAUGAAAAAGAUUGUCUGUUCUUCCCUGAUAAAGAUCAAACUGAAAAGGCAUCUAUAAUGUUUAUGCAAGGGAUUGAUUCUAUCAUUGAAUUCUGUAAUGAAAAAAACCAUAACCGAGAAGCUCCAAGCCUACAAAACAAAAUGUGCAAUUCCAGAAGCACAUGGGAGGUGAUCAGCAAUUCUGAGGAUUUUAAAAACACAACAUCUAUGGUGGCACCACCCCCUCCACCUGUGUUCUCAUUGCUGAAGAUCAGUCAAAGAAUUGUGUGCUUAGUUCUUGAUAAGUCUGGAAGCAUGGCGGGUUAUAAUCGCCUAAAUCGAAUGAAUCAAGCAGCAAAACAUUUCCUGCUUCAGACCAUUGAAAACGGAUCCUGGGUGGGGAUGGUGCACUUUGAUAGUAAAGCCGAGGUUAAAAGUAAUUUAAUCCAAAUACUAAGCAGCAACGAAAGAAACAAGCUCUUGGAGAGUUUACCUACAGCAGCUUCUGGAGGAACUUCCAUCUGCAGCGGAAUUAGAUCAGCAUUUCAGGUAAUUAGAGAAAUAUCCUCCGAAAUAGAUGGAUCUGAAAUUGUGCUGCUGACCGAUGGGGAGGAUAACACUGCAGGGAGCUGUGUUGAGGAAGUGAAACAAAGUGGGGCCAUCAUUCAUUUCAUUGCUCUGGGACCAUCUGCUGAUGCAGCAGUCACAGAGAUGAGCACCAUAACAGGAGGAAGCCAUUUUUUUGCUUCAGAUGAAGCCCAGAACAAUGGCCUCAUUGACGCUUUCGCAGCCCUUGUGUCAGGAAACGCAGAUCUCUCCCAGCAGUCUCUUCAGCUUGAAAGUACGGGGUUAACACUCAGCAAUAACCUCUGGAUGAAUGGCACUGUAAUAAUUGAUAGCACCGUGGGAAAGGACACAUUCUUUCUCAUCACGUGGAACAAACAGUCUCCCAUUAUUUCUCUCUGGGACCCCAGUGGAACACCUGUGGAAAGUUUCACAGUGGACACAGGUUCCAAAAUGGCCUAUCUCAGUAUUCCAGGAACUGCAAAGACUACUGAUCUGUUACCAAAGGAGGCCAACUCUCAGGAAACUUUUGCAUUUAAACCAGGAAAUAUCUCAGAAGAAAAUGCAACCCACAUAUUCAUUGCCAUUCAAAGUGUGGAUAAAAGCAAUUUGACAUCAAAAGUAUCCAACAUUGCACAAGUAGCUUUGUUUACUCCUGAAGCAGAUCCCACUCCUGAUGAAACUCAUCCAAAUCCCAGUCCUGAUGAAAAUCUCCCUAAUUCUGGAGUUAACAUUUCUUCUUUGGUGUUGGUAGUAGUUGGGUCUGUGGCAAUUGUUAGUAUUAUUUUAAGUACCACCAUUUGUAUCCUAAACAAGAAAAAAAAUUCAAGAGGACCUAGAACAGAGUUUUAAAAAAAAUAACAACAAA